AUGGGGGACGACGAUCAGAACCGCCACGACGCCAACGUUGAUCAUUACUCCCUGGACCAAGUGCUGGCCCCCGGUUCCAAUCCGACGACCCCGCGGCCGCCGCCGAUAUCCGCCCCGCCGUCGCAGUUCCACUCCCCGUCCCUCUCCCGGUCGCCGCUCCUCAUGAUGUCACCCGACCGCGUCGUGACGGCCCCCGUCAGCACGAACCGGACCCCGAUGGGCGGCCGGACGCCGCGUAGCGGCGCCAGGACGCCGGGGAGGUUCCGGACGCCGCGAUUCAUCACGCCGUUGGGUUCCCCGCUGAGGAAGGCCCUCCACAUGACGAAGCUGGACCCACACGACGCGUGGCUCCCCAUCACGGAGUCGAGGAACGGUAACGCCGUCUACGCGGCGUUUCACACGCUCUGCUCCGGCAUCGGGAUUCAGGCCCUCAUCCUCCCCGUCGCCUUCACCGCCCUUGGUUGGGCGUGGGGAGUUAUAUGCUUGACACUAGCAUUCGUAUGGCAGCUCUACACGCUCCACAUCCUCGUCCAGCUCCACGAAUCGGUCGAAACCGGCGUCCGUUACAGUCGGUACCUCCAGCUCGCUAAUGCAGCUUUCGGUGAGAGGGUAUCGAAAUUGUUGGCGAUGUUUCCGAUAAUGUACUUGUCGGGCGGGACGUGCGUGGCGUUGAUCAUCAUCGGCGGUUCCACGUCCAAGCUGUUGUUCCAGACCAUAUGCGGCGGCGCGUGCUCGUCACACGACCCGACAACCGUGGAGUGGUACUUGAUUUUUACAUUCGCGGCGGUGCUUUUGUCGCAGCUCCCCAACCUCAACUCCAUUGCCGGGGUUUCCCUCGUCGGAGCCAUCACGGCGGUCGGGUACUGUACAAUCAUAUGGGCCGUGUCGGUCGCCGAGGGGCGGAUGCCCGGCGUGUCGUACAACCCGGUUCGACCGGGUUCGGAUCUUGAGAAGGUUUUCAGCGUCUUGAACGCGCUUGGGAUCAUCGCGUUUGCUUUCAGGGGACAUAAUCUCGUACUCGAAAUUCAGGUAAAUUAUUAA